AUGGACGCCUCGCACUCAAACGCUCCUUCUCCUCCUCCAGCACCUCCUUUUCCUCCUCCCCUUCCACAGCCCCUCUUCACCCCUUCCUUUCAUCCCCGCCGCUUCAAGCCAUCAAAACUGCUCGCCUCAAAGCCACGGGGCAAGAGAAAGCCAGACUACUCCAGCCAGCCCAAUGUCCCUCCGCCGUGCACUGAAUGCGGGAAGCGGUUCUCCUCAUGGAAAGCUCUGUUCGGUCACAUGCGCUGCCAUCCGGAGAGAGGUUGGCGAGGGAUCAACCCCCCGCGGCAGCCGCAGCAAUCCCCCCGGUCCCAAUUCACCGACGAGGAAUACCAAGUCGCCGCCACCCUUCUCCUACUCGCCAACGGUCCACCGCUCGAAACUCCUUCCGGUAAACUCAGCGGCGCCGUCGUUAUCCGCUCAUUGCCUUCUUCCUCCUUAGAUGGUUCAACUAGGAGGAAGAAAGGAAGGCACUUUGGUACCCGUUUCUCUCCUUCUUCCUCUUCGACGUCUUUUGGCUGUUCGCAAGAUCCUGAUUGCUUCUUGCUUGAUUUAAACAUGCCGCCGCCAUUGGAGGCUGCUGGUCACUCCGGUGUUGGAAUUAAAGCUCGGGAUUUGAGCACUCGAAAGAUUUGGGUUUGGUACUUGUAUAAUAAAUGUGUUAUAUGUGACGCACGGUAUCUCUGCUCUCGUCAAGCGAAGCAACAUGUGAUUGAGCUGUUUGAAUGUUUACAGUUGUUGUACAGUGAAAUAUACAUGUUGAAGUUGUGUUAA